AUGCCUUCGCUGCCUGGAGACAGAAGACGCCGGCUCCUUCAACGCUUGGAGAGCGUUUUGAGAUUGCCAGUCAAUACACCGCAUGCUUCUUGGAUAAGAAGCGGCGGAGCUGAAGGCCUCCACACCGCCGCGCCAGUCAUCACCGCUGAAUCUGCUAUCCCUGCCGAACCUGUUGUCCCUGUCGAACCUCCACAGCCUCCACCGAGAACAUUUGACAUAACACCCCAACCGAGCAACCAUCCCAUCAAUGUAGCCAUAGAAGAUGCCGCUCAGCUUGAUAAAUGUCCCACAGCAACUCCUCUCACAUCUGUCUUGUGGCUGAGAGGUGUGGAAAAUAUAGAUCAAUUUCAAAAGGCUGUCGACGACAGUUACAAGGGUGAUCUAGAGAGUGAUAGCAGUCUCGGGGAGGUAAUGAUUUUUGGAGAAGACGCAAUACCCGACGGAAGCAAUCCCCUUCAAGAACAGAGCUCCUGUUCCACACAGGAUACGGUACUGGGUACAGGACGAGAUGGCGUGCUAGACCGCAGGCCGGCGGGUGACGGAGACAGCGACACGAGCGGCGCUCCUGGUUCCAAAGGAUUCUCGGCUCUGUUCGAUACUGGCGCGCAAGUCAGUGUCAUACCACUGAAGACAUUGCGGAGGUUGAAGAAAGGUUUCACAAAGUUCUCCCACCUGCAUCCGGAGCUACAAAGUCAAAUGGCGCUCGGAGAUUUUCGAGGCCAGAAGCAUCAACCUCUCGGCUUGGUCCCACUUCUCUGGAGUCUCGAUGCCUUUCCUAGCGUCAUAUUUAACACAACCUUUUGGGUAGUGGACGGGAACACAGAGAAUGACUUGAUCAUCGGCAAAGACGUCAUGCGGGAUGCCUAUAUAGCCAUCAAAAAGGAGAAAAAGUUCCGCAGCAGAGACCCCAGAAGAUUCAUCAAGAACGCGAUCCAUGGAUCCGUUGGUAUCCUGCGCAAGGUAUCGAUGGGAAACCUCCGUGGCGCACCGGGUCUCUAG